CUCGCAGUUAAGGCGACCGUGGAGGGGAAACUGGGGACACUUAAGCCGCUUCUUUUUGUCCGACAAAAGUCUUAUUUUUUCCCCGCGAGUCGUGCGCGGCAGGCAGCUUUUCCAUCUGCCCGCUCGCUCUCCAGCUCAAGUGGCUUCCUCAGAUUUGAAUACAUUUUUAUGAAACCCUAGUCGAACCCACGAGUGGUGGGGUGGGCCUUUUUUCUGUUGGAGGAAGGGGAGUGUGUGUGUGUUUACGCGACUCCCUUUUGGACAGCUCGAAGAUCUCUCACUCAGCUCCUCUCUUGAAGUGAGCGGCGAGUGAACCUGUCUCGCGAAAUAAGUGACAGCUCGGCAGCCAGUGCGCUCGGCAGCGUGCAUCGGCAUUGACCGCAGCCAGCAGCGCAGCAGCAUGGCGUUGGAGACGGAGCGCUCAAGCCCCAACAACGCGUCUAGUCCGGGACCUACCUCCACCAACUCGCCGUCCUCGUCGUCCUACAAGCCGGUGCUGUCACCCAGCAGCAUGGAGCACGACAUCAAGCCGGCCAUCAUCCACCACCCGAUGCCAAUUUACCCUUCGACAUUCGCCCUGCACGCGACGAGCACGUCCCGGCGGCGGCCGGCCAGCCCGGCCGAACCCGCCGAGGCCGAUCAGCCGCUGCGAUUCUCCGUGUCCAACAUCCUGAGGCCUGAAUUCGGGCGGCGGGCUGUCGAGGAGUGCCGGCUGCGGGCCCAUCUCGAUGCAUCCCGCAGCAGGUCAUCGCGAUGCAGUUCCGUGGACGACUGUCGUAGCUAUACCUCGUCGCCCAUGCUUCACCUACGACCUAGCAGCCCGCCGCCCAAGAAAAGACUCACGCUGGACGAUUCGGACAAACACAGCAACGGCGAUGCCAGCAGUGUUUGCAGCUCCAGCAGGCCCACCUCCUCUCUCGAGGAAAAACUCGCUGACCCGCCGGUGCCCAAGGACCAGGGCAUGUGGCCAGCGUGGGUAUUCUGCACGCGCUAUUCGGACAGACCCUCCUCAGGUAGAUAUUCCAAUCGUCCACGGUCGAGGCGAAUGAAAAAGCGAGAAAAGCGUCCAGACGAGAAGCGUCCGCGCACCGCCUUCACUCAGGAGCAACUGAACAAGCUAAAACGCGAGUUCGAAGAAAACAGGUACCUGACCGAGCGGCGGCGGCAGCAGUUGGCCACCGAUUUGGGCCUGCACGAAAACCAAAUCAAGAUCUGGUUCCAAAACAAGCGGGCCAAAAUCAAAAAGUCGACCGGCACCAAGGGCCAGCUGGCCAUGCAGCUGAUGGCGCAGGGCCUGUACAACCACAGCACCAUCCCGGUGGACGAGGAGGAAGAGUUGGAGGCGGCCGCCGCUGCUGCGGCACGAGCGGGCGCCGAGGCGGCCGCUGCCAGGGCCGCCGGCGUCCUCUUCGACCCGUUGGCCCGCUGAAAAUCGAUGUAUAGAGCCAAAAUCGCGGUCAGCGCGAAGCAUCAUCUCAGAACAAGACUGCUAGUUUUAGGAAACCAACAGAGAGACACUUAAACGUGAGAUUUAUAUCAUAGUACUUAAACGUGGUUGUUUAAAUGUAUAAAUUUAGUGAGAGUUAUUGAAAUGAGUGUCGGAGUCUUGUGCAAGUUCAAUACGAAUCAACGCAUUUUUCGGGCCGUUGAGGAAAGCAGUUGGAAAUUGUUCAGACUGAUUUUUUUUUCGCACAAGCCUAAUUAUGUUCUCCCCAACGUGUCUGGAAAAAGAGGCGAGGCGCAAAAUCUAACUACAAAUAAUCUGUGUUAUUCCAAACUUGGUAGAGCUUCUUAGUUCGAAAAAUGUUUGAGAAACUAGUGAAUUCGUAGAGUGCAAAAAUGUGAAAAUAUCUCCCAUGCUAGAGGGAUAAGUGAAUGUAAACAUUGAGAAUAAAAAACUUGUACAAAAGUUUAGUCUCCUCUAUAUUAGAAUAUAUUGAUGGCAGCCACAGUGAAGAAACUCCAUACUAAAGCUAUUUCUUAUUUUAGAUUCUCAAGUAUUCACUGCCCUCCUGUACAUCUUUACAAAAUGUAAAGUUUAACAUUCAAGCGCGCUUUUUGAAUAUUCGCCAGCAUGUUACAUAGCAGACCUCGCCAUAAAAUAAAAAGCGAUUGCUGUGUGCGGCGAGCGAACAAACGUGAAAUGCUUCUAACUGAUGCAAUUUGCUGCAGGAGUCGCUUUUCAAAGUAAUCAACACUGGAAACAUGCGCGCGCGAGUUUAUGUAAAGCAUUCUCGUGAACCCAUGCGAUAUAAUGUGAAAAACAACGGCUUUUGUCCGCUAAUAAAGCACGUGUAUUAUGUGCAUAUUGUGAAAAAUCGACUCUGUAUAAAGAGAUGUCGUGUAUUAUAAUUUAAUAAUAUAUCGCCUCGGCGUCAUCGAAUAAAAACGAUCGUCAAGUCAGAAAUACAAACAAAACCAGCCUUGUUUCAUUUCUCAUUAACUGCAAAAAGAACAAUAUCUCAUCAUGGAUAAAAAGCGAGAACCCGCAGCGUCGUGCUAAUUAUACAUGGAAAUCAUAAUAAUCGAGCUUGUUUAAGC